AUGGCUGCACCACAAGGAUGGGGUAAUUGGGGCAACGGAAACCACGGAGGCAAUGGAGGCAACCACGGCGGAUGGGGUAACUGGCCAGAGACCACUCCUGAGGCCAUUUCCAGCACUACUGCAACCACCACAACCACGACAGUUCCUCCUCCCCCUCCCCCUCCAUCAUCCUCAAGUGUUGUUUGGUCUGAAAGCCACCUCAUCUACCUCGGUCUGGGCUCCAUGGACCAGCUCGAGCUCAAGCACCACAACAACUACAACAACCACGAAGACUCCAGAAGCUAUCUCUUCCUCGCAUGUCUGGGCACCUUGGCCAAGCUCGAGCACAACUGUAUCCACAACCACCACAAAGAGCAGCACGACGACCGUUCCCCCUCCUCCUCCCCCUCCUACUACCACAACAACCAAAACUCCAGAGGCAGUGAGCUCAACUCCUUGGCAAGUGUGGACUACACCUUCUACUACCACUACUACCACUACCGUACCAUCAUCAAGUCAAUGGGCAGUUUGGUCGACUUCCUCAGUACCAGUCCCAACCACUACGACCACCACAACCUCUUCAGCAUGGCAAGUUUGGUCCUCUGUUCCAGCUGUGAACACUACCACAACUACAACCACGACCACUAA